CCGACAGCGACUUGAUCGAACCGGGGAUGAUAUUCCCAGACGACCCCGAAUAGCUGCAUCUGGCACGCACACAAAAGCCGACAUCUUCGAAGCGAAAAUCGCCGCAGCCGUCGACGACACCACCAGUGACGAUGAGACGUUUGUAUAUGCCUCAAAUUCAGACGCCACGCAACGUCCACGCGGACGUCAGUUUUCCCCAACCCCCGCAGCGGCCGCGGUUGCAGCGUCGGUAGAGCUCCGCCGUUCUCCCUCUUCGCGAUCCGGCAACAACUCUCUGCCCAGCUAUGUACCACUUAUGCGGCAACCAGAGGCCACUGUGUGGAGCGAUCACGCACAGUCCGAGGACGCGCGGAGACAGGCAGCCAUGACGAGGGCGGCUCUGGCGGGGGUGGCCGGGUCCGCUGCAGGGCGGACUUCUACCACCUCCUCGUCUGGCGUAGCGGCUGGAGUGAGGUCGAAGAUACGGCAUCACGGUGCACCCAGAGCAUCCGUCUAUGCACCUGGAAAUGUGGCUGGUAGUGGAGUGCCUAUGCGGUUAAGUGCUGGCGAGGUGGACGCGGUUGAUGUCGCUGCCUCUGUGGCGCAAAGGUUAGAAGGGGACGACUUUGAGCCUAAAGCGGCUUAUGUGCUUGAUGACGGGGUUUAUGGUAGAGCGGACGGUGGAGAGGAUGAAGAAGAGUGGGAGACUCCAAAGCGCGGAAAGCGCGGGAAGCGGCGUGCGAGGAUGCAGUAUAUUGAUGUUGAGGCUGAGGUGGACGACGAUGAGGAGGGCGAAGAGGAUGAUGAGGUGGAUGAGCUGUUGAGUGAGUGGACGACACUGAAGAGGGAGGAAUAUAUGGACGGAGGGGUAGAUGUGAAAGGAGACGCAUGAGAUUUCGGGAUGAGAUCGGGAACCUUUGGGGACGGAUGC